UAAAAGACGCGGUAAAAUAAAAGUCUUGUCUGUGGUCAUUUGUAGGUAUUUAAAGUGAGUUUGUGCUUUUGCACCUUUAAAAUGUAAUUAAAAGGUCGCGAAACGUGCGAAUGAAGUCAAUCAAAUUGGCACCAUGUAGCCGAUCGUCAGUUGUUACCAUCCCUAACCUAAGUUCCGCGUUCGUGUUCCAUUUUUUUUAGUAUUAAGUUGUUAUUGUUGAACCGAUGCCAGGAUGCCUAAGUCCCGCAACCCUGGACGAGGGAGGAAAAAGAAACCAUUAUCCUCGAGAAGCAAGUCUUCCUCUUGCAAAAAUCGGGACAGAAAGGGGUCGCCUGUGCCCCAAACCAGUCGGCAAGGUGCCCCCAAAACGCACAGCCCGCUCAGUUCUAACUCGGAGACUAGCCCAUUUAAGGGUUACGGUGACAAUGCCAGGCAAACCGGGGCCAAGGAAGACUUGUUUGAUAAGUUGCUAAAGCCAGAGUUUGUGAAUCUUCACAAAAGUAUAAAGACUUAUUCGAAUAAGAAGAAGGCGAGUCGUGCUAAUGAAACACGUUUGUUGGAGUUUCACGACUGUAAAAAUCGUGACGAAAUUGUUCAGUGGUUGAACGAUAACCGGAAUGUCUUUGAUCGGCUCACUCAGACCCAAAGCCAGGACUGUUUUUCGGUCGUUAGUGACGCCUUGACUUUCGACAUGCCGUCGGUGUCGCAACUCCACACUCCAAGGACCAAAAGAUCGAGACAGGAAGUGCAGCCCCGACGGAGUCCUUAUAAGCUCCGAGCACGUUCUUUGGACAUUCACGUUAAAAAAAACGGCCCUAGCGGCAGGAGCAAGAGACAUUCCGUGGCUGGAGACACUCCCGAUUUGGAAGACUACCACAUUGAGGAAGCAGUCACGGAUGAAGAGGUCCCAGCUCCCGCCGCUAUAGAAAUAAUCGAUUUUAUGGAAGAUGAGUAUUUGGAUAACUUAGAACGGGAAAUGUUGCGUGAGAGGAAGAACCACAGUAAUUCUGGAUGGGAGAGAAUCAAAGACAUGAGUAAAAGCAUUACUCCGAAAAAGCCCAAACAGUUGGAUAUUGUGCUACAAAGCGGCGAUAGAAAAGACUCCAGCCUGGAAGACGAGAGUUUCCCGUGUUACGAUUACGAGUUGUUGGAAAAUUAUUUUAUAGAGAAUAUGGAAGACAUGAUGUUGAAAAGGGAGGACUCCUCAGUUAGCGGCCAUUCAGACGGAAGGAACACUCUUCGAAAUGCCAUAAACGUGGGCAAACUUUUCCUAACCAUGGUCAGAAAAUUGACACAAGGCGGAAACAAAGAGCAUUUGGGGGAAAUAUUGCCGAUCGUGGCUGAAAUCAAACAGUUGUUUAGCACUUCUGGGAAAAAUUCUUCGACUCAGACUCCAAUUAUUCAAAAUUAUUCAAAAAUUAUUCAGAGUGAACCAAACACAACGAACAUUGCCAUACAAACUGAGUUAGAAACUAUCGAUACGUCUAUCCAGACUGAUAAUUUAAGUUGCCAUAAAAAUAUUCAAACUGAAAUUAAAAAUACCGAAAAAGUCGAAACUGUUCCUCAAAUAUUACACCGAGAGUCAACUACGGCAACGUCGACUCCAUCCGAUCUCAUAUUUAUUGACCAGGAAAAUGAAGACGUAACGAAGGCGUUUGAACCCGAGAAAAAUCAGGAUAAAAUUAUCAGUGUGAAGGAACCAGAGUGUGACGCUUUUGAUGACGAUCUUGACUUUAAUUUCAAUACAGAGGAAUUAAUUAAAGCUAGUAAAAUUGUGGAGAAAAAUGACGACGUUAGGGACAGUGGACAGUCCUGUUUGAUUGUAUUACAUGCGAGUGGAAAGGAGAGCGUCAAGGGGGUCAAAAGGUAUCAAGCUGAGAGUCCACUUGGCGGAGAAGGGAGUAGGACGAAAAGACCUUGUGCCAAGUUCUUACGUGAUGACUUGUCGGUGGCAUUUUCUACGUGCGCUGAUGAGGACAGGAAAGAGGGGGAAGUAAUACAACUUGAGGAGGAUAGUGAUGAUGAGUAUUUACCGGAUCUACUUAAUAAAAGCAAAAAGUUGAUAUCAAAUCCCAAGGAACCCGAACCAACUCCGAAAACUCGUACCCAAGAACAGAUUGAAGAAUUAGAAAAUAUAAUAUACAACGCUACCAAGCGUGUGUGUUUUGCUGGCCAGAACGAGAAACAUGUUAAAGAGACACCAAGUACGAGUGUCCAACACUUCAAACCUUGCAGAGUAGAAGACGACUUGGAUUAUUUUAAGCCGUAUAGUUCGACUACGCCCAACCACAAUAAUAAUACAAUUACAAAAACUCGUCGAAACUUGUUCAAUUCAAAAACUGAUCAAGAUAAUCGGUUUUCAGACUCGUUAUUUGUGAGUGAUAGAAACGAAAGUGUUGUGCUUAACAAAACCAUAACUCCGAAUAAUGUCGACGAGAUUAUAAAAGAAAUCAACUGGGAUGACGAUUUCGAAGGACACGACAGAGAAGUUGAGGAAAUUUUAAAACGCGAAAAAACGAAAAUUAAAAUCUUGGACAAUGUGUUAGUGAAACCUGCGUGUUCGAGUGUGAAAAAUGACGAUAAUGUGAGUGAAGCUGAUGAUGAAAAUUGUUACUCCGAUGUGGAUUUUGUUGAAUCGACGCCCCAGAAAAAAGUCCCGAGUUUCUCCAAACACAAAGACGAGUCGGCGCUUGAUAUCACAUUACCACCACCGCUAGAGUUUCAAGAUAGCGAAAAACACGAAAAUGUUACAACAAAAUUUGAAAUUCCCGUAUCGCCACGACGCCCUCUUGCUGUGCUUAAUAAAGUAACGAGUACACCGAUUUCGCAAAAAAGGGACUCUGAAAAUUUCCCAAGUCUCUCGCCCAUACCUCCAACCAAGACAAAAAAUUCAAAGAACCGAAUUUUGGGACCAAUUGAAGCAGCGCAAUUCUCGAAAUAUUCUCCCUUGACUGUUAAUAAAACUCCGUCUCAAGUGAUUCGCCCGAAUCAGACGCCUAAACAAAGGAGCAUUUUAAAUUACGUUCGCUCACAAGCGAGCCAAGAAUCUCAAACAUCGUCACAAAAGAAGCCUUGCAUCGCCUGCAGUCGGAUCAGUCGAGAUGAAGUAAACGCGCUUUCGGCACUGGCCAAUAAAGGAUUGGCAACGUACAGUGGCGGUUUUUCCCCGAAAGUAACUCAUUUGGUUGUUUCGGUGAACGAACAAAAUUAUUUGAAAGACCACACGAUUAAAUAUAUUCUGGCUGUUGCCGCAGGAAUUUGGGUGGUGAAUUUCAAGUGGGUGCAAGAGUGUCUAGUGAAGAACGCUAUAGUACCAGAAGAACCGUAUGAAGUAUUGGAUAUACACGGCGCAGCAGGUCCACGGCGGGCGAGACUGACCAGGCUGACAAAUCCGCUUUUGAAAGGGUUUAAAAUACACCCAGCGCCCCCAUUUCUCACUACGACUCAAAAGGAGGUUGAGAAUGUCAUAAAAAUGCUCGGAGGUGUGGUGGUGCCAGCACCGGAGUGUCUGUUAGAUGAUAAAACGGGGUAUGUUUGUGUGAUUGUGACUGAAGGAGAUACGCAAGAAUCGGAUUUGUAUAAAACCUGGUUGGAAGCCUUGAAAGUUGUAACGGUGAAUUUAGAAUGGCUGAGCAGAUCAGUUGGACAAUACAAAGUUCUUAGUUUACGGCCCUUUACAAUCUAUUCGGAUGAUUCGAUAUCGAUAGAUUCCCUAGGGUAUCCACCUGAGUUAGUGGCGAAUACGAGUUUCUCUUUCUUUCAACCAACGUAUACCACAGUGCCAUCCAUGGAGGAAUAAAGACUUAUUUCUCCAUCACAGCAUCAAUAAUAACUGAUAAUUUGUUACGUAUAGUUAUAAGCAUUAAAGAGCAAAGUUAUAUUUUUAUACACGAUGAGGAAAUAAAAAGUUAAUUUUCUGUUA